UAGAGGGGAAAAAUAAAUGUUUGAUAAUUUUCGUUAAAAGUCAAUGAUCAGGAAAUACGAUUUGAUUUUAUUUAUUUUUCUUGGAGGAAGUAAAUGUUGUUUCUAAUUCAUAUAAACGGUGUUUAUAAUGGGCGUAACCUAUUCAGUGGGGCCGUACAUUUGUUUGUUCAUAGUGCCAGUUGUUACACAAGAAACAGGACAGAAAUGGACAGAAAAGGAGCUGGGAAGAUUCAACAUCUGUCCAUCAGAUACUUAUGGGAUUUUACGUUGUUGUUACGGUUUCACCCGAGAUGAACACGGAUCCUGCACAGUCUGUCCCCCUGGAACAUUUGGAGCUAAUUGUGAAAGCAUCUGUCCUCGUGGUACAUAUGGAACUCAUUGCAAACUUUCGUGUGGUGACAAGUGUUCUGAAUGUCAUCAAGUUUAUGGAUGUCAAGAAAACCGGACCUCUUUUCCUGGGGAAAAGUAUAUGCUGACCCUUCACAAACACGAGUACCCUACAACUUGGCCUGUCAGUGCCAUGAUAGUGGUUACCGCCCUCUCUACCUGCCUGCUGAUGUGUUUAAUCAUACAAUCUGUUGUCUGCUGUCGGAAAAGAAAAAAGAAGAAACGAUCUGAAAAUUUAACAAAUACAACAAAGAACACACAAUAUUACGGACUUAAACCAAACACAGGACAAAUACACAUGUACGCUGAACAGUACAAUGAUGUGGAGGAAUCAAAUAGUCCAUCGACCCAAAACGCCACCUUAUCGCACCGGAAAUAUGAUUACGUUGAUGAACAUCGUGUAAGAAAACUAGAGAGUUCUACAGAAUUAAGAGGCAAAUCUAAGAACGGGACAAAGUAUUAUGACAGUGAUGGGGAUAAUAUCAGAAGUAAAAAUAAAUCAUCAACCAGGGACCUGCAAUACAGUUUAGUAAAUCCUGGAACUUCUUCACAAUUGUACAGACAAUCCAACGAUCAAUAUCUAGAAGGAAACGGCACAGAAGACUAUUUAGAUCCCGUUUAUGCAGAAUCUAUUGCUUACAAAGUGUGACUUGAUUUAGUUAUAGAGUCCUCCAACAAUAA